AUGGAUUACGACGAGAUCUUUGCAAGCUUUGCUCUAACCGCUCGGCGACCGGAUGUGUCAUUGACGAGAAGCUCUCCAAAGAGUUUGUUGUCACCUGAGCAAAUCCUUUCCAUGGUGACUUCUUCGGAGCCGCAAGAGCACCACCAACCGCCGAAGCCUGCAGAUCCGCCGGAUCCUCCCCGCGUCUUGCCUCCUAUCCCUGGUCCUCUCCGUCCUUCUCACCUUCCGGUGUUGUCAAUUCGACCUUGCUAA